CAAGAAACAGCUGAAAAUCAAACAAUGAAACGGUCGUUUGGUUCAGAAACCGAAAAACGUACGAGCUUUACCGUCUGUCACGUCGUUAUGUUGUAACGGACUUUUAUGUGCAUUUUAUAUAUGAUUUUUACAAAAAUAAGUGGGUUUUUUAAAAAGUCGACUAUAUCCAAACAUUUACCAAAAAUAUCGACGUCAACCGACCAGACAGAGAAAUGGCUCCUCCAAAGGUAGCCCUCAGAGUAAACACCGGAAUAACGACCAGAACCAGAACGAUCCACUGCUCCAACCCCCAUCAAAUGGAAACCUUAAAUAAAGGCAUAGGCGACAAGAUCAACAAAAUAAUCAGGGGCAAACGGAAGGCGGAUUGUUCCCCGUCAAAAGAUAAAAUCGUCAAAAGAAGCGCCUUGGGCGAUUUAACGAACAAUGGAGAGAACAAUACAAACACGGACGGCGGCGCAAAAAUCGCCAAAACUAUCAAGAAAUUAACGGUGCAAUCGAAAGUGUUACCGUCGGUAAAAACGGUGCAACAGAAACGGAAACCUAAUGAAAAUUUGGCGCCGCCGUCCGCUCCCGUUGCUAAUAAAAUCACCACGAGGGCCACCAGUAAAGUGCCGACGGUGUAUCCGAGUCAAACGGCUGUGAAACCGAAAGAGAAGGAAAAGGGGACCGGGGUGGUCGCUACCACUAAAAAGAGGCUCAGCAAUGAAUUUGAAAAAACUGAUAAGGAGGAGUCAUUGUAUAGUAGCGCCUUGGAAGAAAUUAACGAUUCUACGUACUUCAGCGCGAAAAGACCGGUCACUAGAUCCUCAAAGGCGUCCACCGGUUCCCUGGACGAUUCCCUCAAGGACAGCACCUGUAGCAAAGAAUCUAACAGUUUAUCCUUUGUGGCGCAACAACUGCAGACGAAACUCAAUUUGGGCGCACACGACGUUCCCGAGGGAGUGACUGACUAUGACAAGGAGAAUUGGGACGAUGUGUAUCAGGUGUCGCAUUAUGCCAUGGAUAUAUUUAAUUAUUAUAGGGAGAAGGAGAAGGAUUUUCAAGUAGGUGACUAUAUGGACAAACAAGUGUGCCUGACAAAAUGGAUGAGGUCCCUAUUGGUGGACUGGAUGGUUGAAAUCCAGGAAAGUUUCGAACUGAACCACGAAACUUUAUAUCUGGGCGUUAAGCUGGUUGACAUGUACCUUGAUAGAGUGGUGGUGUCGAAGGAAACGUUGCAAUUGGUCGGCGCGGCGAGUAUGUUCGUCGCUAGUAAAUUUGACGAGAGAAUUCCGCCGAUGAUCGACGAUUUUCUGUACAUCUGCGACGGGGCAUAUAACAGAAGGGAAAUGAUUAGGAUGGAGAUAAAUCUGAUAAAAGUUAUCGGGUUUAACUUGGGCAUUCCAAUAAGUUAUAGGUUUUUAAGGAGAUAUGCCAGGUGUGGCAAAGUCACUAUGCCAGUUUUGACUUUGGCGAGGUAUAUACUGGAAUUUUCUCUUAUGGAAUAUGAAACUAUAAGGAUAAAGGACUCACUGCUGGCCGCUGCUAGUUUAUAUUUGGCCUUAAGGAUGAAAAAAGUUAGUAUGUGGACUCCUACACUGGAAUUUUACACUGGUUACAAACUAGACGAUAUCAAAAACACCGUUUUACUAUUAAACAAAAGUAUUAGUAAACCGGCGAAAUCCCAAAUAAUGACGGUGAAGAACAAAUACUCUCACAAAAUAUUUUUCGAGGUGGCGAAAACGCCCGUAAUCAAAGAUGAAGACUUGUUUUAAUUCUCAACUAGAUAGAACAAUAAUUAUUAUUUAAUUUUUAACACUCGAACAAUGUCAUUUUAUAUACAUACGUUUCUUUUUUAACACUUGCUCAGUUUGAGUGUAUUUUUAAGUUUUAUUAAAAAUAUAGAAUAUUUAUGACGAUUGA